GAGGGUAGAGGGGGAACCAAGCUGUCCCCACCAUUUAUUGUCUUUAGCAUCUUCACCAUUGUUAUUUUGGAACUCCCGAGGCUAGGUCUGAGUCAAGUAAAGGGACGCCUUCUGGUUCCCCGCCUGGGACAUUUAGAGCAGGAACAGCAAGAGCGAGACCCUAGACAAAGGGGUCCGGGCGCUUCCGUGCAGGGAGGAAGGGAGAGACCGAGAGGAAGGAGGGAGCUCCGGCGGUUGCCACGCCACUGUUGCUCCUGCUUCUGCAGCUAAGACAGACUGAGAUCCUGCCUCGGAGAAAAAGUGAGAGCAGGCAGAGCCGAGCGGGCCAAGCGGAGAAUCCAAGGGAAGCCAAGACCGGGAGGUCAAGCAGGCAAGAAGGCAAGCUGGCUAGAGGAGCAGCCUCCCCGGGAGUCCAGGCGGCGGAAGAAGCGAGAUAAAGGCUUUGAUCCAAUCAGAGACUAGAUCUGCGCUGGGCUCCAACUCCCCGCCUCCCUCUACCCCCACCCGGCUUGUCUUUAUUCUUCCCUUUCUCCCACUCCCCCUCCCCCUCACACAACUGCAACAGCUGCAAAAACUGCUGUCGGUGAGCACUCAGGUCCUUUCGCUGGGCUGGCCUGGGGGGCUGCAGCAUGGCUUUAUCGUGGAGGAGCUGGUUAGCAAACGAAGGGGUUAAACACCUCUGCCUGCUAAUCUGGCUCUCUCUCAAUGUCCUCCUUUUCUGGAAAACCUUCCUGCUAUAUAAUCAAGGACCAGAGUAUUAUUAUCUCCACCAGAUGUUAGGGCUAGGAUUGUGUCUAAGCAGAGCUUCAGCAUCAGUUCUCAACUUCAACUGCAGUCUUAUUCUUUUACCGAUGUGCCGGACAUUGUUGGCCUUCCUGCGUGGCUCCCAGAAGGUUGCAAGCAGAAGAACAAGAAGGCUCUUAGAUAAAAGUAGAACUUUCCACAUAACCUGUGGUAUUACCAUCUGCAUCUUUUCAGGAGUCCAUGUUGCUGCCCAUCUGGUGAAUGCCCUGAACUUCUCCGUGAAUUACAAUGAAAAUUUCCUUGAAAUAAAUGCAGCAAGAUAUCGGGAUGAGGAUCCCAGGAAACUUCUCUUCACCACUGUUCCUGGAUUGACAGGGGUCUGCAUGGUGUUGGUGUUAUUCCUCAUGAUUACAGCUUCCACAUAUGCCAUUCGGGUUUCUAAUUAUGACAUCUUCUGGUAUACACAUAAUCUCUUCUUCGUCUUCUACGUAUUGCUGAUGCUGCAUGUUUCAGGAGGGCUCCUGAAAUAUCAAACUAAUCUCGAUGCACACCCUCCUGGCUGCCUCAGUCCUAAUAGAACUCGCCAACUGAAUAUUCCCCUGCCAGAAUAUUUCUCGGAGCACGUUCCUGAACCCUUCCCUGGAGGAUUUGUAAAUUCCGAGCUGUUUAUACAGAACAAGUUUGUGAAAAUCUGUGCAGAGGAGCCCAAGUUCCAAGCAAAUUUUCCUCAGACUUGGCUUUGGAUUUCAUUACCAUUGUGCCUCUAUUGUGCUGAAAGACUUUACAGGUGUAUUAGAAGUAAUAAGCCUGUGACAAUCAUUUCAGUAAUCAGCCAUCCAUCAGAUGUCAUGGAAGUUCGAAUGAUCAAGGAAAACUUUAAAGCCAGACCUGGCCAAUAUAUUAUUCUUCACUGUCCAAGAGUGUCUGCACUAGAAAACCAUCCAUUUACUCUCACAAUGUGCCCAACUCCCACAAAAGCAAUAUUUGGGGUUCAUCUGAAAAUAGUUGGAGACUGGACAGAAAGAUUUCGAGAUUUGCUUCUCCCUCCAUCUGGACAAGAUUCAGAGAUUCUGCCCUUCAUCCAGCCAAGGAAUUAUCCCAAGCUGUACAUCGAUGGACCUUUUGGGAGUCCCUUUGAGGAAUCGUUGAAUUAUGAGGUCAGCUUGUGUGUGGCUGGAGGCAUCGGAGUGACUCCUUUUGCAUCAAUACUCAACACAUUGCUGGAUGAUUGGAGACCAUACAAGCUCAGAAGACUGUACUUCAUCUGGGUGUGCAGAGAUAUCCAAUCCUUUCAUUGGUUUGCAGAUUUACUCUGUGUGCUGCAUAACAAGCUUUGGCAGGAGAACCGACCUGACUACGUGAACAUCCAGCUGUACCUCAGUCAAACAGAUGGAAUACAGAAAAUAAUUGGUGAAAAGUAUCAGGCACUGAAUUCUAGACUUUUUAUUGGAAGACCUCAAUGGAAACUUCUCUUUGAUGAAAUAGCCAAAUGUAACAGAGGGAAAACAGUUGGUGUUUUCUGCUGUGGGCCCAGUUCAAUUUCCAAGACUCUUCAUCAACUAAGUAACCAGAACAAUGCUUAUGGGACAAGAUUUGAAUACAAUAAGGAAUCGUUCAGCUGAAAGCACUUGGGGACAUACAGGGACAAGGAUGGACACUUCAAAAGGAUCUAGUGCAAUUUUUGAGACUUUUAAAGUCAGCCAUAGUCAACAGAUAACAAGUGCCCAAGAAUAAUGAGGUUUUCUUAUUUAUGAUUAUUUAAAAUGGAAAUGUAGGGGAGAUGGCAAGAUGAUAGUCCAUCCAUAUUAUAGGUUUAAUCUGGGAACCCAAGAGGAUCAGCAAAAUGUGGACUACCAUGAUUUGGUGUUCAAUGCUUACAUUAAAAAGAAAGCCAGUAGAUGCACAUUGUUGAUUUUAUGGCUAAUUGAAGAGCUUCCCACUGCAUGGCUGAACUUUCUCUGUAUGAGGCUGAUUGCCUCUGUUAUCCUUCAGUUAUUUUUGGUUGAACAGGUUCUACAUUGAUCAAAAUUAAAAAUGCAUAUAUCAAGUCUCAUACUACCUUCUUUGCUUUUCAUACAAAAAAUAGCUUUAAUUUGAAAAAAUCCAUGCAAAUGUAUUAUACUUUACACACAGUAACUUAGGACUCUAUUGAUACGGGUAUUCCAUCAACAUCUUUACUACUGAUGCUGAUACCUCCACUUAAUGCCUACAAUUUCUAGACUCUGGGAUGAAAGUUUGUGUGAGUAUGGAUAUGGGAAUAUAUAUUUUUAUGUUUUAAUGUUAAACUUUCCUUCAAUUCAAAGAUUUAUAUUGUUCCCUGAUAGAGGCUAAACCAAAUGCCUAAUCUUCAUAGGCCUAUCCUUAAUUUUUUUGGUCUUUGAAGAAAAGCAAAUAAAUACUAGCGUGAGAAUCAGAGAAUCUUUAACCAUCAAUUAGCUAUAUGGUCGUUUCAAAAUCAUUUGACUUCUUUGGACCUGUUUCUUCAUUUGUAAAUUAAGGAAGGGAAUUGGUAUGGAUGGCAUCAGCAAUUCACUCUUAAAAUUUCAUGAAUUUAUACUUUAAAAAAAAAAAAUUGGGAGGGAUAGGGUGCUGUGUCUAAUCUACACAGUCAUAGGUGACUGUCACUCCCUUCCUCUAAGCCUUUCUGUUCUUUGCAGUUUCUUAUGGUAGAACUCUUAAAAAUUUACUUACUAAUAUUCACUUGGAGAAUAAAAGAGUUCACUUCUGUUUUUAGCCUCCACAGAAAUAAGAUAAUCCUGGUCAUUCCUUGGCUGGGGAGCUCUCUGAGAUCACUGAAAGUACAGUCACUUUACACAAGCAGGAAGUACCUAUUAUAUCACUAACUAUACCACUAACAUUUUGGGAUUUAACUACGGCAUAAAGAAUCAAAUAUUACAGGUUAACAGAGCUAAUAAGUCCAAUAUUAAAGGUGUUAUCUUUCCAGCAUCUAAUAUUUUGUGUCUCAGCAGUGAUAAAUAUUCUCAAAAAUAUUCUCAAUUUUUUCCUCCUACUACUGUUUUUUUUUUUUUUUAAACUAUUACUGAGACUCCAGUUAAGGGACCAUGGAAUUCUUAGCUCAGAAAGGGAUAGGUUUGUUUCACUGCAAAAUCAAAUCUGUGCUAUUUAAAUGUGUGUAUAGCUUUCAAAUACUCACAAAUCUGGUGCAAUGGUAUAAUCAGGAGGGCUUGGCAUGCAUGUUCCAUGACAUAAUUCGAUGUCAUUCAAUAAACAUUUUUGAAAUAUGCUGAAGAUACAAAGAUUAAAA